AUGAAUCAAGUCCAGAUUAGACAAGUACCAAUCACACCUUCGUUAAGUCCUGAACGAACGGCAGGUGCAUGGUUUCCAACUGGUUAUUAUGGACAUUUCAGAGCGAAACCGAGAAUUGAUUUAAGUAAUUCGUUCCGACAACUUGCUCGUCCUAAUCCACCGAAGAUAUUCAUUGAACGACAAACGUCAGCAGCAACAACGCACCAGUUUUCCGAUCACGAUAACCGUCAUAGAUACGAGGCUGAUCCGCUCAUUCGAGGUGCUCAAAAAGGUAUUGGUAGACGUAGAACAAAAUCUCGUGCAGCCGGUGAAUUCGAUCCGUUUCUGGUCAGUUGGCUUCCGAAAAAUGCUGAUCGCAAAACGUACGUCGACGAAAUUAAAGUCAGCUCUUACGCCGAUGACUACAGCCAUGAUUCGUUGCCACCACCCAUCUCAUUCGAUCCAUCGUUAUUGAAUCCAACACUGUCGAAAUCAUUACCUGAUAUUCAACCAGUGAAACCAUCGACUGCGAAAGAAUUCAGUAUCUAUCAAAUUGGUUUUAGUCAUGGCCAACCCGAUGCAACGCAUUCGAAAAAGAUUCGCGAAGAAACAUUUCAACGGUAUGCUGGUACUGCGAUACGUCGCGCGCAAAUCAGGCACAUUGAUCGAAGUACAGACGUAGCUACAUGUCUAGCUUGGAGCAGUGUAGAUUGUGAUCCUCCAACAAUAACAACAACAGCGAAAAAGACUGAAAAAUCGAUCAAUGCUGAUGCACCGGUUGCCAAACAAACUCGUAUUACUUCGUCGAUUGAAACAAGCCAGAAUCAAAUCAAUCCAUACCACAGCGAAUCUAUGCCGGCUUUCAAAAAUAUCGAACGAGCAACUUUCGAUAUAACUCCAUUACCAGAAUAUGUUACUGUAAAGGUACCACCAGCACUUCGACGUGCGACUUCAUUUGUACAACCACGACACAGCAACCGAUCCGUCCGUCGGUCGACCAACCGACCACAAUCAUUGUGCGCAUAUCUUUACACAUAA